AUGGCGAGUUGCAGGAGCAGCGUGGAGAAAGCAGCGUUUUUGUGCUGCUGCUUGCUGGCAAUGGGGAGCCUAACCUUCUGCGCCCGGCCGGAGGAGGAGGAAGAGCAAGAAGAGCAGCGCUCCUGUCACGGUGCCUUUGAUCUCUACUUCGUCCUGGAUAAGUCUGGAAGUGUCAGAAAUCAUUGGACGGAGAUUUACUCUUUUGUGGAAAGCCUAGCUGAGAAGUUCAUAAGUCCAAUGUUGCGGAUGUCUUUCAUUGUUUUUUCUUCACGAGGCACUACAGUCAUGAAACUAACAGAAAACAGGGAAGCCAUAAGACGAGGGCUCGACAUUCUUCAGUAUGAAGUGCCUGGAGGAGACACGUUCAUGCAUGAAGGAUUUAAAAGGGCAAAUGAGCAGAUUUACCACGAAACCUAUGGAGGAGUUCGGACCGCCAGUGUGAUUAUUGCUCUGACGGAUGGAGAAUUGCAAGACGUUCAGUUUUAUUAUGCAGAACAAGAAGCCAACAGAGCCAGAAGCCUUGGAGCUAUUGUUUAUUGUGUUGGAGUGAAAGAUUUUAAUGAAACUCAGCUGUCAACAAUUGCUGACAGCAUCGAUCAUGUUUUUCCAGUUACGGGAGGCUUUUAUGCCCUGAGAGGAACCAUUGAUUCAAUUCUCAAGAAGUCUUGCAUUGAGAUCCUAGCGGCUGAACCAUCCAGUGUUUGUGCAGGAGAAUCCUUUCAAGUUGUGGUAAGAGGCAACGGCUUUUAUCAUGCAAGAAAUAUCGACCAGGUACUCUGCAGCUUCAAGCUCAAUGACAGCCUUACUAUCAAUGAGAAGCCAACCCUUGUUCACGAUACUUACUUACUUUGUCCUGCCCCAGUGAUAGAAGAUGCUGGACAGGUGGUUUUCCUACAAGUCAGCAUGAACAACGGGCUAACGUUCAUCUCCAGCUCUGUCAGCAUCACCAGCACACAGUGUCUGACUGGGACCAUCCUUUUCAUUGCUCUCCUGAUUCUCUUUCUGCUGCUGGCUCUGGCUCUCCUUUGGUGGUUCUGGCCCCUUUGCUGCACAGUGGUGAUCAAGGAGCCACCACCUCCACCACCUCCAGAGCCUGAAUCAGAUGAUGAAGAUGGAUUGCCAAAGAAAAAGUGGCCAACUGUGGACGCAUCUUAUUAUGGAGGUCGAGGUGUUGGUGGGAUUAAGAGGAUGGAGGUGCGAUGGGGAGACAAGGGGUCGACAGAGGAAGGAGCAAAAUUGGAAAAGCCCAAAAAUGCUAUUAUUAAGUUGCCAGAGCAGGAGUAUGAGCCAUGGGAACCCAAGCCAAAAAAGCCCCAUGUGAGAAAACCACCUUCCCAGCGGAAAUGGUACACUCCAAUCAAGGGCAAACUUGAUGCACUGUGGGCUUUGGUUCGACGAGGCUAUGAUCAAGUCUCUCUUAUGAGACCACAGCCAGGGGAUAAGGGACGAUGCAUAAACUUCACUCGUGUGAAAUCAGAUGGAACCUCUGCCCCUUACAGCCCACCGCUGAAGCUGCCGCGGCGCGACAAUGUUCCUCUCAACAACGCUCCAAGGAAUCCUUCUCCUCCUGUGUCUCUGCAGCCCCCUUCCAGGCAGCCACCUCCUGGACCACCCCCCUCCCGAGCCCCCCCUGGACCUCCUCCUUCACGUCCACCCCCACAGCCUAUGGCUUAG